AUGACGAAAUCGAAGCCUCACCCUCUGGCCCAACUUUCUCGGGACGAGUUUGUUAUGGCUCGCAACUGUGUAUUGAAACACCAUGGCCCCGAAACCUCCCUCUUCUUUCGUUCGAUCCAGCUCCAGGAGCCCAAGAAGGAUGAUCUCGUACCCUUCUUGAUCGCUGAGCACAAUGGCAGUCUUGAUGAGAUGACUCCUCGGCCUGUACGUUGUGCUGAGGUCGAAUACGACAUCAUUACUGGCACGAGAGAAUACACUCGCACAAUUGUUGAUGUGGACAAAGGCGAGGUUGUCUCCAAAGCCGUCCUCGAGCAAUAUGCGCAUCCCAAUAUUGCAAUAGUUGAGGUCGAAACAUUUCAAGAUGCCUGUGUUGAAUCGCAGCUCUUUAAAGACGCCAUGUCGGAGUUCACACUGCCAGAAGGCUUCGCUGUAUGCAUAGAUCCUUGGCCAUACGGCGGAACCUUUGAAGAUGGCUAUCCAUCUCGUUACAUGCAAGGCCUCGUUUUUGGAAAGAAUGUAUCUCACAACAAUCCUGACUCAAACCACUAUGCCUAUCCUAUACCUAUCAUUCCAGUUAUGGAUCUGGAGACGAGAACCAUCAUUCGUGUUGAUCGACUUGCUACAGGCAGCUCGGACGAUGACUUCAAGGCCAAAGAAAGGGGUGCAUCGCCAAAGGAUCUGUUCCAAAACAGUCACGCAGCAGAGCAUGUCCCAGAACUACUGGACAGACCCCUUCGUGAAGACCUGAAGCCUCUCAAUGUGACACAGCCUGAGGGUGCCUCGUUCACGGUCUCGUCUGAUGGUUUGAUCGAAUGGCAGAAAUGGCGGUUCCGUCUCGGAUUUACUCCGCGCGAGGGUGCUGUUCUUCACGACGUCUGCUACGAGAAUCGAAGUAUCUUGUAUCGUCUCAGCUACAGCGAACUGACCGUUCCAUACGGCGAUCCUCGCCCGCCUUUUCACCGCAAGCAUGCUUUUGAUCUUGGAGAUGGAGGUGUCGGAAGAGCUGCCAACAAUCUUCAGCUAGGAUGCGACUGCCUCGGGGCAAUUCAUUAUGUCGACUCCUAUCUUGCUGGUCCAGAUGGUCUACCAACCCCUGCAAAAUCCGUUAUAUGCUUGCACGAGCAAGACAACGGUAUCUUGUGGAAACACACAAACUUCCGUACCAACAGAGCUGUCGUCACGCGCAUGAGAGAGCUCGUCGUGCAAUUCAUAGUCACAGUUGCGAAUUAUGAAUAUAUAUUUGCAUACAAGCUUGGUCUCGCUGGAAAUAUCACUAUUGAGACUCGAGCAACUGGCGUUGUCAGCGUCGUUGGGAUAGACGAGGACAAGACAAGUCGGUAUGGCAAUGUGGUUGCGCCUGGUGUUCUCGCACAGAAUCAUCAGCAUAUUUUCUCAGUACGGAUUGACCCAGCCGUUGAUUCGUAUAACGCCCAGGAUACGCAAAUCGUUGUGGAAGAGAGCAUCGGAAAACCUGUUGAUCCAAAGACCAACCCAAGAGGAAACUUGUACGAAGUCGAGCGCAACAAAGUGUCAAAGGCUUCAUGGACAGAUGCUGAGCCACGUUUGAACCGUCUCAUCAAACUGGAGAAUGCUACAAAGCACAACGCUAUGUCAGGUCGACCAGUGGGAUACAAGCUCAUACCACCAGCGACUCAGAUGAUGUUAGCAGAUGCGACGAGCGUGGCUGCCGCUAGAGCCCCUUUCGCUCAGCAUAACGUCUGGUUCACUGGCUAUCGUGAUGGUGAGCUAUGGGCGGCGGGUGAGUUCACAAACCAGAGUAAUGGCGAGGCUGGGGGAGUGUCUGAUAUGGUCAAAAGAGGAGACUGGUUCACAGACGAGGGUGAUGGAGAGGCGACGAAUGGUGAUCGUGGGGAUUGUAAGAAAGGCCGACGAAGUAGCCCCGUCGUGUGGGUAUCCUUCGGUCUCACUCACAACCCGAGAGUUGAGGAUUGGCCUGUCAUGUCGGUUGAAAUCCAACAGGUCCAUCUUCGUCCUGCCGACUUCUUCACAUCUAACCCUGCCUUGGACGUCCCAUCGACAAGGAAUGAGAGCAGCAUGCUCGUGUCUUGCUGUGACAAUACGAAAGUUGUUGGAAGAGAGAAGGAACCCUUGGUGAAGAAUAGUCCCACAAGCCAUCUUCAAGGCGGAGAAAACGGUAUUGAGGCUAGAAUGGCGGGUGCCCAUGUCGCCGAUGGAACUGAGGUAUGA